CCGCCCGCGGGGCCCUGGUUCCGGCGGGGCGAUGCUGCUGGGCGGUGUGGCGGAGGCGGGCGGCGCCGUGCGGCGGCUGCUGCGGGCUGGGGCGGCCGCCAGGCACAAAGCGAUGAAGAAUUGGGGCGUUAUCGGGGGGGUGGCCGCGGCGCUGGCCGCGGGGAUGUACGUGCUGUGGGGGCCCAUCACCGAGAGGAAGAGGCGCAGGAGAGGGCUUGUACCUGGCCUUCUGAACUUGGGAAACACGUGUUUCAUGAACUCUUUGCUGCAAGGCUUAUCCUCCUGCCCAUCUUUCAUCAAGUGGUUGGAGGAAUUCACAGCACAGUACAAGACAGAGCAGAGCCAGUCCACUGAGCACCAGUACCUGUCAGUCACACUGCUGCGUCUCUUGAGAGCUUUGUCCUGUCAAGAGGCAGCAGAAGAUGAUGUCCUGGAUGCAAGCUGCCUGUUAGAAGUUCUAAGAAUGUACAGGUGGCAGAUCUCAUCAUUCGAAGAGCAGGAUGCUCAUGAACUAUUUCAUGUCCUUACCUCUUCACUAGAAGACGAACGGGAUCGUCAGCCCCGUGUGACACAUUUGUUCGAUGUGCACUCGCUGGAGCAGCCAGAAAUAACCCAAAAGCAAAUAAGCUGCAGAACAAGAGGAUCUCUUCCCCUUGUGUCAAAUCACUGGAAAUCUCCACAUCCUUUUCAUGGAAGGCUCACCAGCAACAUGGUUUGCAAACACUGUGAACACCAGAGUCCUGUGAGGUACGAUACCUUUGACAGUCUCUCACUGAGCAUUCCAGCAACUGUGUGGGGUCGUCCCCUGACGCUGGACCACUGCCUCCACCACUUCAUCUCCUCCGAAUCUGUGAAGGAUGUUGUGUGUGACAACUGCACUAAAAUUCAGGCAGAAGGGAUUCUGAAUGGACAGAGCAUAGAAAACCAGAGAACAACAUUUGUUAAGCAAUUAAAGUUAGGCAAGCUCCCUCAGUGUUUGUGUAUCCAUCUGCAAAGACUGAGCUGGUCAAACCAAGGCACUCCUCUGAAGCGUCAUGAACACGUGCAGUUCAAUGAGUUCCUGAUCAUGGACAUCUACAAAUACCACGUUCCUGUUCACAAGUCCAGCCAGACUGAGCUGAAUCAGAAAAACUCUGAAGAGACAGCACCUGGAACAAAGGAUGGGAUAGCAGUGAAACCUGCAGGUGCAGAACAACCAGCAGGCACUAAACCACACUUUGUGAAUGGUGCCUGCCCCUCUUCAUUUUUAAUGUCCUCGGGAACUUUUCCACUUGCUGCAUUCCCAGAAUGCAGCUCGCCCGUGUACCUUUACCGCCUGAUGGCAGUGGUGGUUCACCACGGCGACAUGCACUCGGGACACUUUGUGACCUACCGCCGCUCCCCGCCUUCCCCCCGCAGCCCGUUUGCUGUCAGCAGCCAGUGGCUGUGGAUCUCAGACGACACCGUCCGCAAAGCCAGCCUGCAGGAGGUCCUCUCCUGUAGUGCCUACCUGCUGUUCUACGAGCGGGUUCACUCCAGGGUACAGCACCAGAGCUUGGAGUCAAAGGCUGAAGAGUGAUGAAGAGAGAAGAAGGACAAAACCUGACAGAAUUGCUCUGAUGAGAUCUACGUGGCACCUCCUGUUAUGCAAAUAACCCACCACAGGCCCUUUAACCUUCCCCUCCUCUAUGGCAAUGGCUGGCUCCUGCUGGGAGUUGUGUUUGUACCAAAGCUGGUCUGCUGAUGUUGUGCAGGCCGGAGUAGAUCUGUAUUAAAGGAGUAUUUAUUCUGUUAGGUAGUAAUUUUGCCAACAUCACAGCUCUGAAGCAGACAUUGCAAACAGACUUCCCAAGGCUGUGUUCCAUACUCUGACGUGUGUGUACAGUUUCAAAGGGAGAUGCUUAAUCCUACACAUUUCACUGCAGACGUUUCUGAACAGGGCAGCCCCAGGAGUGGUUGAUGGGAAGCUUCUGCUAUCAAAGGCAAUGAUUUAAGAAACAAAGUGCCUUGAGCCUAUUCAAAGAGCUCAUCUACCAUUGUCUGAGUCCACUGUGUGUCUGUUGUGUUCUGACAAACGUCUCAAAGUGAUGGGAUGAACUGCAAAUGGAAUCAGAUUGUGAUAUUCCAGCUUAUCAGUAAAGUAAGGCAUCUCUACAUAACAUGCAUGAUCCAAACCCCAGCUUCCCUGUUCACACCAUCUUCCUGAUAUUUUAAUUCUUCAGACAGCACAGAAGUUCUUCUGCUGAUUCAAAGUGCAGUUUCCUUUUUCCAGGAGAAAAUAUAGGUUUUUUAAUCUGUUUUAGCUGAGCCCCUGAUUUGCUGUUCUGUACCUUUGGAAUAUGGCUGAACUCAAGAGACAGGAGCGUUUGCUGGUGACCAGUAUUGUCAUUUCCUUGUCACUCUGAAACUGUUGAAUACAGUUGCUUGUAGUAUCGACUACAACUUUUAAUGCUGUGAUUUCAAGGCUACUGUACUUGGUGUUCUAGACUUGCCCUUCCUAUUUUAAUGCUGAAAACUGCCAUUUCUCAUAGACCAUUCAUAUCCCUGAUGUCUGCCUUGCUGUGGAGCUUGUGCUGGCUGUGACUGUGAGCUGAGAGCAACCCCCUUGGGAAGUUAGAGAUUGCGCGAUUGAAUCGGGGCUGGGGACACUCGCUUGCCUGGGGAGGUCAUGCAGCAACCUGAAAAGCCUGGUGGUGCUGCAUGAGACACAGGUUGCUGCAGGAAUAGAAGGGAAUUGCACUCUGCUGCUCUGGAUUGUGUGAGGUGUAAAAGAAAAGUAAACCCCAAACAAAGCACAGAAGGAGAAGCAGCAAAACCGGUCCUUUUGACUGCUUUUAAAUGACCAGGGAUAAAGUCUGUGGGCUCUUUUUAGCUCUUUUCUAUCCUUGUGAGCUUGGAGGGAAAAAAGCCUAAUUCAUCAGACAAGCUUUUUCAGUGUAAACCAACUAAGUUUUCAAAUGCUAACAACUGUCUUAAUAGUUUUUUAGGGCAACUUUGUACCUCAUGUAUUCAUACUGCUACCCAAAGCUUACAAGCAUCCAGAGCUCCUCCAUGGGAGGCUCAAACCAGCCAAAAUAGCAGUGGUCACGGACGUGUAUGCAAAACUAUUCACACAACUCAUCAUUCCAGAGCACUGAUCACAAUUCCUGCUCCAAGUAAUGCUCAUAGUACAUAAACUAGUCUAUAAAUCCACUGAUGUACUAGUUCCUGAGGAGCCUCCCUGUCUGUGCUAGGCUGUAGCAUGGUUUUACCCUUUCUAUUUGAAGUUAUGGAAAAGCAAUGAGGAAAACACUAGAAUAAAUAAAAACCAGUAGAAGGAUGCAAAAUGCCAAACUGAACUAAGGGCCAUUAAACUAAGAACUAAUGGACUUGAGGAAGGUGAAAGCCCUCCCUCCGUUCUGUGCAGCCCUGGUGUGCAGCUCUAUGAACUCAUGGAAGACAAAACAUCACGCAAAGCACCCAGCAGGUCUCCCAUUUGUACCUCACCACUUCAAAACAUUUCCACUGCCAGCAGUGUGUGUAUUCUGCCAUAGCUGUUCUCAAUGGGCUGUUUAGGGGUUUUAACUGAAUUUUGGGGAGGUUCAUCUGAACAGGGCACUUGAUUUAGAAAGCAGCAAUGCUGCAGGUUGGUCAGAACAUAUGCAGGCAACGGGCUAAGAUGUCAUUUGUCAGCUUGUACCAGGGGCACAGAGCCACGUGUUGCUGCCAGCUUCUAUGUUCCAUGUAUUUUUCUUUUGUGUAGAGCUGCUUUCCAACAGGGGCCUGUUUGAUGAGAAUGAGAGCACUGAUAAAUAACUGCUCCAUUGCACCCAGCCGCAGAUUCACUCCGAAAGCUUCCUCAAGAGCUGUAAAGAUGAGGGCUGAGGAGCCAGCAUUGUUCGAGCUUUCACUGUUAGGAAGGAGUAGAUGGUCUUGGC